GCAUUGCAGGAAAUCACCCGAAAAGGGGGGACAUCAAAACAAUACUUCGAUUUUUUUAAAGGAAAUUGUUUAAACUGCCAAGAAACAAGUGAGCAUCGCCAAGUAAUCGUGGAAUGGACUGCGUUCUUUCCAUCAAACACUAGGGAACGAAGAAAAUCAUCCCUCCAGCAUGAGCAACUACAAAUAUUCAAAAGCUGAUACCGACAAUGAUGAAAAUCUGGGUCUUCAUCGACCACUCUCACCAGGUGGAGCAAGUGGUUUACAAACAAGAAGUAACAAUAAGCAUGUGAUCACCGAUGUCGCGACAUCGAAGGUAUUAUCUCAAGAUAGCGAGGAUGAGCUCGCUAAGCCCCCCAAUGGAUUGUGCUCGAUGCGUUACUUUGUGACCUACCUUUCUUGUUUUGGCUUCUUCACGGUAUUCUUAGGCAGAAGCACGCUGAGUGUUGCUAUGACGGUCAUGGUGAAUUCAACAAGUAACCACGAGCUUUAUAUCAUGAGCCACCAGAAUCAAUCCAUCGGUUUUCAAGUUUGCCAUGCAAGCGGUCCAACGAAUAUGCAUAUGAGCAUCAAGAGAGAAGAUGGUCCUUUCCACUGGAACAGCUGGACCCAAGAACUCAUUUUGGCAUCUGGUUUUUACGGCUUUCCCUGGUUACAAAUCCCGGCAGGGUUUUUAGCCGAUGCCAACGGGAAUGCUGCCGUCUGGCUGUUGGCGAUAGGUUUUGGAGGAUCUGCACUAUGCACACUUUUGACGCCAUUUGUUGCUUAUCAGGGAGUACCUUUACUCGUUACGAUCCAGAUUAUUUCGGGUAUUUUGCAGAGUUGGAUCUAUCCUGUUUUCAUAGCUUUAAUGGUAAGAUGGGCGCCCCCAAGGGAGCGUAGUCGCCUUACCACCAUCGGAACCUCAGGGAUACCAUUGGCUCAGGUCAUAGGUCAGCCUAUUGCUGGUCUCUGGUCAAGCUCAGAGUCUACUGGGGGAUGGCCUUCAGCAUUCUAUUUUUCAGGAACACUAGGUGUACUAUGUUCCAUUGCCUGGGUGUUUUUCGUGUACCCAUCACCGUCGGCUCAUCCUCGAAUCUCACCAAGAGAACGAAAUUAUAUUGAGCAAAAUCUACUCCUUGAAAGCAGGAAACCUGAAACGUAUCCAUGGAAAUCUAUCCUCGCAUCCGGUCCUGUAUUAGCUGUGUGCGUCGCAAUUUUCAGUCAUUUGUGGAUCUUAUAUCUCUUUAUGACCAAUCUACCUAUUUAUCUGAAAGCUGUGCUCCAGUUUGAUAUCAAACAGACUGGGUUUUUGGCGGCUGUGCCAUUCUUUUUUUUCUGGUUGGUCUGGACAGUUGGAGGACGGUUAGCAGACUUUCUGAUUGCUCAUACAAACUUCAGGGUUACAACAGUCAGAAAAUUUAUAACAUUUCUUGCUUUCAUGCCGCCCGCUGUCCUUCUCGUGCUCAUGGGGUACGUCGGAUGCAACACUGUCGCAAUCAUGGUCAUUCUCACCCUUGGUCUUUCAAUGAAUGGUCUUUCGAUGUCUGGGCCAAGUAUGUGUCCACUCGACUUCGCCCCUAGCUACGCUGGUAUCAUCAGCGCCAUCGCCAACGUGUUCGCGACGACGUCUGGAUUUCUGGUUCCGUUGCUCAUCGCACAGUUCACAGAGGAUCAGGCGAGUUAUUGAUAAGUUUACGAUUUCUGACGGGAGUUUUCGGGAUGGAAAAGAAAUCAAACCCACAAGCG